AUGACUAGCUUUGGUACCAACGUCGACCAUGCACUUUUAGCUGCCCUAAUUGCUUCUAUUGAUCGCUUAUCCCUUGCGAUUGGAACUCUACGCACUGUUGUUGAUCCUGCUGUUGUUUCUGAAUCUGCUGUCCCUUCCGACAAGGAGCAGAAUAUUCAUUUGCCCGAUAUUCUAGCUAUGGCACUACCCGACGUCUUGUCAAACAAUACGGGACGCCAUCCUGACGUCGUCAAAGCUGACUUGGCCAAAUUCACUGGACCUGUUGAUGGACCUUGGUAUGCAGUUACUUGUGGCAGAGUACCCGGUAUCUACCAACACAGUGUGGAAGCCAAUUACCAUACUGACGGAGUUCCUGGCAGUGCGAAGAAAAAGUAUGACUCUCAGGCUCAGGCAUUAGAGGCAUACAGGUGUGCAUAUGCCUUAGGUGCAGUCCGCCGUCGUGAUAUGUAG